GGCUGAGAACGUUACUCAACGGAGCUCUGUGAUUGGUCAGCGGGCGACAUCCAGGCUCCGCCCUCAUGGUCACCGCAACUCGGCGGCGGAGUCAGCAGCCAGUCGGCCACUCUCAGUGACGUCCAGCGGCAAGUUUUCGGGCUUAUUAUUCAACCAAGGCUCAGCAAGGCCUGAAAAUGAGUCAGUUGAAGGAGCGCUUCGUGGCUCUGCUCCGUGAGAAGAACUUUGUGACAGAUCAGCUGGCGACGCUGGAACAAAAGACGGGAGUGAACAGGGAAUAUCUCGCCUUGGGUUUCCUGCUCGUCAUCGGGCUGUAUCUUCUCUUUGGAUAUGGAGCCUCACUACUCUGCAACCUGAUCGGCUUUGUCUAUCCCGCAUAUUUCUCCAUUAAGGCCAUCGAGAGCAACGUGAAGGAGGAUGACACACAGUGGCUGACCUACUGGGUCGUUUAUGGACUCUUCAGCAUUGUUGAGUCCUUUUCUGACAUCUUCCUCUCCUGGUUCCCCUUCUACUAUGCUAGCAAGUGUUUGUUCCUCAUGUGGUGUAUGGCUCCGGUGUCGUGGAACGGUUCUGAGAUCUUGUACAGGCGCGUGAUCCGGCCAUUCUUCCUGAAACACCAGGCAGCCAUGGACAGUAUGGUCAAUGACCUGAGCGCCAAGGCCAGGAACUUAACUGAGAACGUGACAAAGGACGGUGAGACACUCACUGUGUACAUCUGUUAACCUGGCUCUCAACCACGACAAGGGCCAGUGAGAAACAUGGAAAGGCUUGGUGUGUAUGUGUGUGAGUGAGUGACUGAAUGUGUCUCUCUUGUUCUUUGUACGUCCUCCUCCUUCCAUGACAUAUGAGCGACUCCUCAUGUCAUGUGGUGACUCUCAUCAUAAUAAAUAUGAUUGUUUGUGCAUCCACACCCGUUUACUGCCAUCGACACUGCUAAGACAAUCAGUGGGACUGUGACCUAUUUGUGUGCUUUUGUUUUCUCUGAUGUUGUGUGAAUCAAAAAAAAAAAAAAAACGUCGAAAACAUGUUAAUAGCAGAAGAUUACGAUGGCACACCUUCGAGUUUAAGCAACGCUGGCAGUGAAGUCAAUAUUAUGUCGAACUGAGCCAUUUAUGGCAAAAACUGAGCCUGAAAUCUCCAGUUAUAAAAGCAGGUUGCUGAUUCUCUUACCUUUGAUAAUCAAAACUGGAACUUUUACAUGCCAUCGGUGUCGUCUUGCUCUUAUUCUCGCAGGUACCUGGCAGAAUUUAAAGUCUGCCUUGAGCUACUGGGAAGGUUCUCUAUGUUUAACAGUAACUGGACGAUUUGUGUCUUCUAAUAUGUCUUAAUUUAUCUUGUCAUAAUGAUGAAAGAAUAAAACUGGAACCCUGGUGAA